AUGCAGCACUCGACGGGUUCUCCCCAGCAAUUUUGCCUGCGUUGGAACAACUACCAAACGAAUCUAACCAACGUGUUCGAUCAAUUGUUGCAAAGCGAAUCCUUCGUGGACGUCACAUUGGCCUGCGACGGGCAUUCGGUGAAAGCGCACAAAAUGGUACUAUCUGCCUGCAGCCCAUAUUUCCAAUCGUUGUUUUUCGAAAACCCCUGCCAGCAUCCCAUCGUCAUAAUGCGCGACAUCAAAUGGCCCGAGCUCAAAGCCGCCGUCGAGUUCAUGUACAAGGGCGAGAUCAACGUGUCCCAAGAGCAAAUCGGGCCGUUACUGAAAGUGGCCGAAUCGCUGAAAAUCCGCGGCCUGGCCGACGUCAACGGCGAGCAAGAGGGCGGCGAAGUCACCGCCAAACCGACGGUGACCAGCAACGUGGUGAAAUCGGAAUGGGACCAACGGCCCCAGGACCUGGAGAGCGAGGCGUCCAGGGCGAAGAAGCGCCGCCGGCCGUCGGGGGAGCGCAGCAGCCUGAGCAGCCCGGCGGAGAGCGCGAGUACCGAGGUGCCGGAACCGCCGCCGUCGGUGGAUAUGUCGCCGGCGCCGCCGGCGGCGGCGGCGACGCCGCAACCCGCCGUCGCCGCGGCGGCCGCCGUCGCGGAGCCGUUGCAGUUGACGUUGCCGCUGCAGGCGCAGCCGGCGUCGUCGAGUUCGGCGGCGGACGACGCCGAUAUCAGGCCGGGCAUCGCCGAGAUGAUUCGCGAGGAGGAAAGGGAAGAGAAAGGGAGAAGAGAAGAGAAGAAACCAGGGGAAAUGAAAGCUGAGGAGAGGAAAGCAGAGGAGAAGAAAGCAGGGGAAAUGAAAGUUGAGGAGAGGAAAGCAGAGGAGAUGAAAACAGGGGAUAUGAAAGCAGAUGAGAGGAAUGCAAAAGAGAGGAAUGUAGAGGAGAGGAAAGCAUGGGAACUAAAAGUAGAGGAGAGGAAAGCAGGGGAAAUGAAAGUUGAGGAGAGGAAAACAGGGGAAAUGAAAGCAGAUGAGAGGAAUGUAGAGGAGAGGAAAGCAUAA